AUGGAGGACCUUGAAUCAAAAGCUAUAGAAAAUAUUCAUGACAAUUUAAAGAAAUGUAUAGAUAGAAGAAUAUUCAAAAAUACAAAUGAAGAUGAAGAAGAAAGCUCAAAAGAUAUAUUCUUUAUAUACAAUUCAUUAAAAGAAUAUAUAGAACAAUUAAAGCAUACGAACAAUUUUAUACAACGAGAAAAUGAUUAUUUGAGAAAAAAAAAUGAAAAGUUAAUUAAAGAAAGCAAUAAAAGAAAUUCAAUGAAUAGGAAUUCAAAUAAAAAUCAAAAAUAUGGUACAUAUAUUAAUGAAAUAAAUCAAUUAAAUAAUGAAAAUGAAUUUAUUAAAUACAAAUUCCAAAAUAUGUUAAGAAAAAACAUUUCUUUAGAAAGAUCAAAUGCCGAAUUAAAUGAUCAACUACUAAGUAAAGACAACAUAAGUCAAUAUUUGAAAUCUCAAAGUGAAAUACAAAAUAAUAAAUAUAAUAAAGAUGUAAGAAAAAGACAACCAGAAUUGAAUAAUUUUGUUGGCAAUAUAAAAGGGUAUAACAAUCUUAUAAAAAUUAAUAAUACUACUACUAAUAAUUAUUAUAAUAAUUAUAAUAAUAAUAUAGAUGAAAAUAUAAGAGAUAGUUUAAAAUUAAGUGAAAAUAUAGAGGGUAUUAAUAAUAUAAUAACAAAUGAACAUAUAGAUACUUAUGAAAAUAAUAAUGAAUAUCAAAAUAUAAAACAUAAGAAUAUUUCAAGUAUAGAAUCAUUAAAUUUUGAUGAAAAAUUAAAAAGUAUUUGUGCAUGCUCCAUGUUAUUACAUGAUAUACUAAAUAUCUUAAAUCAAAAUAUUAAAUAUGAUGAACCAGGUAUAUUUCAAAAAUCAAUGAAAAGUAUAAAAAUAGAAAAAGAUGAAUUAAUUAUGCAAAAUAAAUUAUUAAAAGAAAAAAUAUUACAAAUAGAAACUUUUAUUUUAAGAGAUCCAUUUUUAGUUGAAAAAUUAUAUCCUACUCAUCAAAAUAUAAAUAACAAUUUUUUAGUAAAAGACAAAAAUAAUUUAUAUCAAAAUAAUAAAAAUAUUUCACUUUAUCGUAAUUUAUGUUAUUUAGAAAACAAAAACUUUAAUUUGAGAAAAGAAUUAUUUCAUUAUAAACAAAAAAUUUUAUUUUAUAAAACUUAUGUAAAUGAUAUGAGGGAUAAACUAAAACAUAACCUAAUUCAAUUUUAUAAACAAUAUCAUGAAAACAAAAACGAAAAUACUGAAAUUAUGACUUCAAUAUAUGAAACGAUUAAUUCGAAAAAUGAAAUAGUUAAUACAUAUAAUCAAUAUAAAAAUCAAAAUAUUUCCUAUUCAAAAAAUAUAUGUGAUAGUAAUACAAAGAAUAAUUCAAAAAUUGAUCAUAAUGAAAAAAUUAUAAUACAAACAUGGACCAAGCUUAAUGAAUUAAAUGUAGAAAAUAAAAAUUUACAAGAUGUUAAGGAUAAGAAUUUGGAACCACUAAAAAAAGACAUCACUUUGGUAGAUUUAAAUAUACCUAAUAAAAAUGACAUGUAUUAUUUCGAAAUAAAAGAAUUAAUAAAUAAAAGAAAGAUUGAACUUGAUAAAAAAUUAAAAGGAGAUAUACAUGUAAAUAUUAAUACAUCAAAUCAUAAUAUCAAUUCUGGUUGUAAUUGUGUAAAAGCGAGAGAGGAGGUUAAAUCAAAAAAUAAUUCAAGCUUAUCUGGAGUUAUAAAAAAUAAAAUUUUAGAAAAUACAGACAAUUCGACAUAUAUACAUAAGAGGAAUAAUUAUAAGCCAAAACAUAUUAAUAAUUACAAUUCUUAUAUUAAUAAAAAUAUUAUGUAUACAUAUAUAAAAUAUAAAUGUAUGUAUGAUUUUUAUAUUCAGAAUAAAAAUAUUCUUAAGAAGGAAAUGAACAAGGAAGAGUUUAACGAAUUUGUUAACAAAUAUUUUCUAUUAUAUAAAAAAAAUAAUAAAACAAAUCAACAUUUUAAUAAUAUAUAUAAGGAUAAAAUGAAACAUUGUAGUCAAACAAUUCCUUGUGUAAAUAAAAAAAAUGAACAUUCAGAAAAUUUGGAUGAAGAUAAAAAUAUAAACCAAAAGGAAACAAACGAUGAAGACACAAAGAAUGAUAAUCUAAAUAUGAAUGUUGAGGAUUAUCAUGAUAUAACCUUAGGAGAUUCUCAUGAAAAUUUUAUUUAUAAUAUCGAAGACGAAAUAAUAAAACAGGAUAUACCAGAGAAGACAUACAAAAAAGAAAAUAAUAUAAAUGAUAAUUUUAAUGAAAAAAAAAAUAUAUAUCAAGAUAAUAAAAAAAGUAAAAGUUUUAAAGAAAAUGGAAAGGAUGUACAUAAAAUACAAGAAAAUAUAAUGAAUAAAAAAAAACAUAAACAAAAGGAAAAAAAAAAGAUAAAUGAAAAGGAAAAAUAUGUAAAAGAAAAGAUAUACAAUUCGUUUGAUAUAAAGAAAGAUACAUACAAGGAGAAUACAGAAAUUUAUAAAAAAAGUGAUGAAGAAAGUGUAGGUAAAACUAAAAAUGAAAUUGAAAAUGUUGAAAAUGAUAAAAAUGUUGAAAGUGAUAAAAAUGUUGAAAGUGAUAAAAAUGUUGAAAGUGAUAAAAAUGUUGAAAGUGAUAAAAAUGUUGAAAAUGAUAAAUAUGAUGAAAAUAUUAAAAAUAAAGAAGAAUGGAAUCAUAAUAAAAAACACGAAAAUUUUGAAAGAUUUUAUGGAGUUGAGGAAUAUCCAAGAAGACAUGAUUCGUCUUUAGAAGUACUAAAAAAAAAUAUUAAAGAUCUUUUAAAAAAGAAAAACAAAGAUGAAAAAUAUGCAUUUCAAGAUGAUAAAAAAGAUAUAAAUGUAUCGGAGGGUAAAAAGGAUGGAAAUGUGCAAGAAGAAAACGUACUUGCAAAUAAGAAUAGUAAUAAUAAUAAAUAUAAUAAUAAUAAUAAAAUAGAAGAUAACAUAGAAAAGGUUGAUGCUACAUUAUUAAAAGAAGAAAAUCAUAUAAAACAAAUCUCUAAUGUCAACAAAAAAAAUGGUUUUGAAAAUGAACAAGUCAAAGAUGAUUCUUUUAAUAUUAUAGAAAAUGUUAAGAAACAUGAAGAAUAUAUAGAUGAAAAAAAUGUAGUUUCUUUUGAAGGGGAUAAUAGUAGAAAGCAAAUAAUCAAACAUAAAUCGAAGGUAUUAAACGAUAACCCCAAAAAAGAAGAUAAUAAAAUGAAUAAGAAUCUCAUAAAUAACGAUAAUAUAAAUAGUUAUUCCAUUGAGGACGAUAAAUCAAAUCAUAAUGAUCAAAAUGAUCAAAAUGAUCAAAAUGAUCAAAAUGAUCAAAAUGAUAAUAAUGAUCAUGGUUGUAUUAAUUCAUUUAAAAGUAAUAUACAUAAUUAUAAUAGUAUAAAUGAAAAACUAUUAAGAGAAAAUGAAAAAAUAUUCACUGACAAAUCAGUUAUUAUAAAUAAUAAUGAGGAAGAAAAAUAUGUAGAAGAUAAAAUAAAUUUUCGUAAUACAAAUUUUUUUAUGAAAUCAGGAAGCGAAUAUUCUGAACAAGAUUUCUUCAAUAAUAAGAAAUAUUCUAAAGUGAACAUUCAAACAUUUAAAGAAAUUAUUUAUCAUUAUGAUAUGAAUAUAUAUAACUUUUACCUGAAUUUAAUUUUAUAUAGUAAAAUUGAUUUAAUAAAAAUGUAUAAGAAUAAAAUUUUUAGCGUACAAAUAAAUUCGGAUGAUAUAUUACAAUAUGCUUUAAAUACUUACAUGAAUUGUAAUAAUAAUAAUAAUAAUUUUGUUAAAGAAGGGGAAUUUAUGAAUAAAAAAGAAAAGAAUGAUAAUUCAUCAAAUAUAAAAAAAUUAAAUGAAAAAGAAUAUAAAACAGUUAUUGAAUAUAUAUGUAAUAAUAGUAAUAAUACUUGUCUAAAAACAAUAUAUCAUAAAAUAAAUUUUAUAACAAAUGAAAGUUAUGAAGAAUUUAAAAAUCGUUUCGUAGAGUGUGGUGGUGUUGUAAAUUUAAUUAAUUUAUUUUAUGAUGAGGAUUUAAAUAAUUUUGAUAAAAUUUUUGAGGUAUCCUUUGUAAAUUUUUGUGAUAUUAUAGGUAUAUCAAGAGAUUCAUGUUCUUAUCAUUUUAAUUGUAUGGAUAAGAAAUUUAAAGGAAAAGGAUAUAUAUUUUUAAGAAAUAUACUACGUUAUUUAAAUGUAGAAGAAGAAAUGAAAGAAGAGUAUCAUAAAUAUAAUUUUAUAUCUAUGCAUUUAAAAAAUUUAAUGUAUAUAUAUAUUACAGAAAAUUUUCACAAUUUACAUGAAUUUUUUAAUGCAGUCAUAAAAAAAAAUAAGUUAUAUAUAAGUCUCAAUGAAUUUAUAUAUUUCUUUUCUUCAAAUGAAAAAAUGGCUAGCUAUAAUUUUGUACAAGAUGAUAUAAUAAAUUUAUAUUAUUCUAUAAUCUUCUAUGUAUAUUAUACAAAUAAAAAUAAAAUUUUACAAACUGUAAAUUAUUUUCAUAAAGGAAAAAAUUACGAAAAUGGAUACAUAAAGAAUAAGUCACAUGAUGAUAAUGAAUAUGUAAGUAGGAAUAAAGACAAUGAUAUAACUAAAUUAUAUACGAAAAAUUAUAAUAAUAAUAAUAAUAAUAAUAAAAAUAAUAAUAAUAAUAAUAAUAAUAAUAAUAACAAAUCCGUUAUGCAAAAUAAUGCACACUGUUUUGUGGAAUAUGAUUUGUCGUUAUGUAAAGAAUAUUUCACACUAGAAGAUUUCGAUUUUGCUAUUGAAGUAAAAGACCUAUAUUUUUAUUUUGAAGGUUCUGAAUGUCCUCUUUCCAAAAUUAAAAGAAGAAUAAUAGAAAUAUAUGGGUCAGUAAAAAAAGGACUAUUUAUUAAUGAUCAAGUUUGUAAUAGUUCAGACGAUUCUAUAAAUUCGGACAGUGAUAUUAAUGAAAAAGAUAUAGAAGAAAAUACUUAUGAUAUAUUUAAAAAAAACAAAUAUAAACAUAUUGAUAAAAUCACUUUAUAUGAAAAAAAAAUUAAAAAUACUUUAGAAAAUGAUAACCCUAAUGAUGAUAUCAAAGUUAAUAAAAUUAAUAAGAAAACCUUUAUGUGCUUAAUGUAUAAUAUAGGUAUACAAAUUGAUUACUGUCUAACCUUAUGGGAAAAUUUCGAACCUUUUUUAGAAGAUCAUUUAUUAGAUUAUAAAAUGUUUUCUGCCUUUUUGAAUGGGAAAAUUAAUUGUUCUAAUCAUGAUAGUGAAGAAAAUAUUCAAAAUAUUAAAAAACAAAUAAAUGAUAUUGAAGAAGAUAAAGAAAUAUCACAUAGACUUAAUCAUCAUAAUAGAUUUAAAGGUACCAUAUGUUCUAAUCUUUUUAUGAAUAUAGAAGAAAUGAACAAUGGAAAUUUAUUAACUGCUGAUGAAAUCGAAGUUACUUGUCAAAUUUUAAAUAACAUUUCUCCUUUCUAUUACUUAGAUAAAAAUGAAAGAAAAAUGUUUAUAAAACAAUUAAAAAAAAAAUGUUAUAAACAAAAUUAUGAUUUAAACUUAUUAAAAAAUCAUGAUAAUACAAAUAAAAAUAAACAUAACACAUCAAAUGAUAACAACGAUUAUUUUAAAAAUGAAAUCAUUAUUCUAAUUAAUGGUAUAUUAAGAAAUAAUAAAGAUGCCAAAUGUUUUAUUAACAGUGUAAAUGUUAUAUAUAAAAAUGAUAUAUAUAAUUACAUUGCACAUACUAAUAUUGCUAUAAUUAAUAUUGAUAAUUCUAUAUAUACACAUGAAUUUAUGAAUCUAAUAGAUAAGAAAAGAAAUAUUUCAGAAGAAUUUAUGAGUAUUGUUAAUAAAAUACCUAUAUUAAAAAAUUUCCCAAAUAUGAAAAAAAUUAGUCUAUCUAUGAAUGUCAAAAAAUGUAUAUUUGAAAAAAACAAAAUAGUUAUAAGAAAACAUGAUGAUCCCAUGCAAUUUUUUAUAUUAAAAGAAGGUAAAAUUAAUAUUUUUUAUCAUACAUCUAAAACAAAAAAUAAUCCUAUCAAUACCAUAAAUCAAUAUCAAUUUUUUGGUGAAGUAUCUUUAAUAUUUAAUACUUUAAGAACUUGUGAUGCUAUAGUAGAAUCAGAUACAGCUUGUUGCUAUUCUAUUUCAAAAGAAUAUUUCUUAUCUCUCUUAAAUAAAGAUAUAGUUACAGAAUUUGUUGAGUAUAUACGUAAAACGUAUACAAAGGGUAUAGAAAGUAUUAUAUCAAAUUAUGCAAAUAGUAAUGAAGAUGUCGAACAAAUGAACAAAUAUAGAAAAAUACAAAAUGAAAAGAAAAAUAAAAAUAAAAUAAAUCAAAACAAAAAUAAUAAUGAUGAUGAUAAUAAUAAUAAGAUUAUUACUUGUGAUGAAUAUGAAACAGAUGAAUGCCAAAAUUUGUCAUCUGAUGAAAAAAAGAAAAUUAUUUCUAUUAUAAAUAAUAAAGAAAAUAAAAAUGAACAAGAUGUAAAAAAAAGUAAUUCAUCUCCUUUAUCCAUAACAAAUAGCUUUAAUAAUAUGCAAAAAAAUAAAAAAUAUAUAUCUAAUUCUUUUAAUAAAAAAAGUUAUUAUACUAACGACUUUUCAAAUAAAACUUUAAAUAAUAAAUUGUCUAUUACUUCAAAUAAUUUAUCAACUGAUUAUAUAUCUCUAGAUAUUGAAUACAUUGAUAAAAAUAAUAUACAAUCUUUUUAUAGUGAUUUAGACAAACUGUUAUUAAAUAUUUUUAAUGCUGAACAAAAAUAUUUCACUGAAGAAAUUGAAACUAAUUUAAUGAAAAUCAAAUCUUUCAAAAAGAUAUUAAGACAAAUGAAAGACAAAGAAACAUUUUUAAAAAAUCUGAAAUAUGAAAAAUGUCCUAAGGGGAAAUAUAUAAUAUUAGAAGGAGAUCAUUGUGAAUAUUUUUAUUUUAUAAAACAAGGACAAAUUUCUAUACAAAAAUUUAAUCAACAUAAAAAUAUGUAUGAUGAAUUUGUUACAUAUAAUGAAAAUCAAUAUUUUGGUCAUCAGCUAAUAUUAAAAAACAUUAAAGCUUUUUUCAUAGCAGUAGCAAUAAAGGAUACUGAACUAUAUACUUUAGAAGCAUCUCUUUUUUUAGAAUUCCUUUCUCCUUUUAUUGAUAUGCUUAAUAUAAUUAAUGAUAUAAAUCAGAUAGAUGUAUUAAACGAAGAUAUAAAAAAUGAUUUCCAAAAAAAGAAACAUGAUAAAAAUUAUAUAUUAAAAGUAUUGAAAUUUUUAAAAAAAGUUAAUAUUAUACAAAAAUUAGAUAAUGAUGCUCUUUAUAAUGCUUCUAAAAAUUUUACACUACAAUUUUUCAAAAAAGGUCAAGUAAUUAUAAAAUAUCAGGAUACUCCAGAUUUCUUUUAUAUUAUUAAGAAAGGGAUUGUUGCUGUAAAGACAGAUUUUAAAGAAGAUACAAAUGAAUAUGUGUCAAAUCAAAAAGGUGUAGAGAAAAAAUUAAAUGAAGAAAAAAAUAUUUUAAAAGAUAAAAUAAACAAAACGAAAUCAUUCUAUUUAUAUAAAUAUGAUUAUUUUGGAGAAUUAUCUAUCAUCAAUGAACAAUUAAGAACAACUAGAUGUGAAGCUUAUACAAAUUGCUUCUUAUUAGCAAUUGAUAAAAUUUCUUUUACUAAUCAUUUUUCUAGCUUAUUUAAUGAUUUAUUACAAGAAGCUGAUAUAAAAUAUACUAGAAGCUAUUCAUUACCACCCUGGUUAAAAUCUAUGUAUGGAAAUAAUUUUAAUACAAACAUGAACUCCCUUUCUAUAAAAAUACCUGACUCGGCAAGCUCAUUCAGUAGCAUUUCUGAAGAUAGUAGCGAUGUUUUUAGUUUUGAGAAGGAAAUAAAUGAGAAACUAAAAGAAGAAAAAAAAAAAAAUCAAAAAGAAAAGGAAAAGGAAAGAGAAACAAAUACAUAUCAUUAUCAAACAAAGAAAGAUGAUCAAAAAGAUAUAACAAGGAAAAAUAUUAAACAUAAUAACGAACAAAAGGAAAAGAGUCCUUAUGAUAUCCAAAGAUAUCAUACAAACAAUUUUAAAAAUUCAAAAAGUACUUUUAGUGAAUAUAGUAAUUACAGUAUAGAUAAUGAAAAAGAAAUGAAAAAAAUUAAGGAGGAAAAAGAAAAAAAAAUUAAUGAAAUUAAGAUGAAGGAAUUGAAAGUUAUUGAAAAGAUAAAAUUGAAAGAAGAGAAAAAGCUAAAAUCAAUUAUGAAAAGGAAGGUAGACGAAAUUAAUAUGAACAGUAAUAGUAAUAUUAUUAAUUCUGAACAGACGUAUGAUCAUCAGGGUGAUGCCAAAAAUAAUGAUAUGAAGGAUAAGGAAAAUACAGCAACAAAUACGUCUGAUACUACUACAUAUAAUAAUAAUAAUAAUAAUAAUAAUAAUAAUAAUAAUAAUGAUAGUGAUAAUGUUUUAUGUUAUGCGAACCAGGAGGAUAAAAUUGAGGAAGAAAAAAAAAAAACAAAAAAUGCUCAUGAAGAAUUGUUAAAUAAAAAUCAUCAUAGUGUGACAAAAGAAAUUAAAGAAGCUGAUAUAUAUAAACAUGAAAAUAAAGAUUCAAGUAGUAAUUUAGUAAAGAAUGAAUACAUAAAUAUAGAAAAUGAAGAAAAUGAUAAAUAUGUUACUGAUUUUCCUAAGAAAUCUUCAAGUAUUUUAAAAAAAAAAAUUAGUAACUCUAAUUCAUCUGAACUUGAUAUAAACAAAAUGUUGGAAACAUUAAUUGCGUUCAUUAGUUCUGAAUAUAAUUCUAUAUAUCAUUUUUAUAAAGGUAUAGAUAAAUUUAACACUGGGUAUGUAAAAUAUAAUGAUUUCUUAGAUUAUAUGAUUUCUUUAAAUAUAGAAGAUUUAUUUGGAUCUCGAGAAAAUUUAGAAAGUGUGUUUAAAUAUUUAUGUAAUGAAAAGAAUAUAUUGACAUUAAUAGAUUUAUAUAAAAAUAUUUAUAAGGAUGAAGAAAUAGAUAAAUAUGAAUUAAAUUUAAGAUUAACCGAAGUUUAUGGUAGUAGUACCUUAGCUUUUAAAAAUAUCGUAUUUUUGAAUGUUGAAGAUGCUGUAUGUAAUUAUAUUAACUUUGAAAUAGUAUGUGAGAAAGUUGGACUAAGUAAUACAAAUAUAAAAAGUAUUUGGGAUGAAAUUAAUAUAAUGAAUGAAGAAUAUAUUCCUUUAGAAAUUGUUCUUAGUAUAAUGAAUGGUGAAUUAUUUAUUGAAGAAGCAUAUAAUGCAUAUAAUUUAAAAAAAUCUCUUUUAAAUCAAGUAGUUAAUUUUUUUCAAGGAAACGAGAAUCUCACAAAAAUGAAUACUGAUAUGAUGGAAACAAAUUUUGAAGUAACAUAUGAAGAACCUAUAAUAUUAAAUAAAGGUCAUCAUAAAAUAUUUACGAAUGAAUGUACACAUAUAGUUAAAUUAUUAGAAAGUAAUAUAUAUUUUAAAUUUCUAACACUAGAACAAAGAUCCUUUUUCACUACAUUAAUGGAUAGACAAAUUAUGAAUUAUGGUGAUAUUAUAAUUAAACAAAAUGAUGAAGAAGCACCUAUUAUAUGUAUUUAUGAUGGUAAAGCCAAUUUAAUUACAUAUAAUUUAUUUGGUAUAGAAGCUCCAAUAGGUUCUGUUGAAAAUAAUGAAAUAUAUGGAUGUGAUCAAGCUAUUAAUGAAAUUCCAUCAAAUUAUGAAGUAAAAAUAAGUUCAGAUAUAGCAACUGUAUGGAUAUUAGAACGAAGUGUAUAUAAAGAAAAUGUAAAACCUAUGUUAGAAGAAAGACAAAAGAAUUGUACUCAUAUUUUACCAGUUCUUAGAAAUGUACCUAUAUUAAGAUAUUUAUCUGAAGAAGAACUUGUUCAAAUAUCAUAUGCAAUGAAAGUAGAAAUAUACCAUCCUAAUCAUACUAUUAUAAAAGCAAAUACAUAUGAUGAUAAAUAUUAUAUUAUAUGUAAAGGAUUAGUUACUGUUGAAAAAAAUACAGAUUGUAAUAAGGAUAAAAUAGUUUUAUCUAAUUUAAAAAAAGCAGAUUAUUUUGGUGAAUUAGCUCUCAUCAAAAAUAUUAAAAGAACAGCUAAUGUUAUCUUAGAUACUGAAGCAAUUUUGUUAUCCCUUAGUGAUUCAGAAUUUAAUAGACUUCUUCAUUUACAUUUUAAUAAAUUUUUAAAUAGAGCCAAAGCAAAUUAUAAAAGAGUACAUAUGAAAAAAAAAACAAGCAUACAAUCUGAUAUUAUUAAUCUAAAUAGUAACACAAAUAUUCAUACACUUGCUUCAUAUCGAUCAAAAAAUAAAAUAGUUACUAUACAGGAUAAUGAAGAUAACGAUAAACAUAAAAAUGAUGUUACUAUGUCCAAGUUACCUAAGGGUAACAUAAGUUUCUCUAUUGAAGAAAAACAAGAUAAGAAACAAAAAGAUGAUGCACAAAAUGUCCAAACAGAUAAUAAUAAGAAAAAGAAAGAUAAAGAAAAACAUACAAAAAAAAAUAAUAAAGAUAAGGAAAAAGAUAAAAAUAAAGAAAAGAAUAAAAAAAUUAAAAAUAAAAAGAAAGAGGAAACAUGA